ACUCGCUCGCGCGGUCUCCUGGGUAACGGUGCGUAUGGUAACCAUUGUAAACAACGCGCCCUACAGCGCUGAGGUGAACAGCGAACAAAACCAGCCAUGGCUGUCUGCAACACCGAGUAUUUCGAUCAGAUAGGAAAUAUUCAAAAUAGCAUACACGAACGGGAGAGAAGAAGACAUGAACUGGAAGAAAAACUGUUUGCCUACUUAAGAUCAGAUGAAAGACUGACUAAGCUGAAGUGUGCCAAGAUGCGCUGCUAUUACAAGGAGCUGCAUGAGAGAGAGCAGCAAGCAAAGACACGCAACCUUGAGCUACUGGGGAAUGUGGAAAACUUGGCAUCCAAAUUGAAAGAAUUCUCCAUUGAUUGUAGCAGGCUGCUUCAAAAGAGGUUGGAGUACAAGAAUCACAUUACCAGACUGAAGAAAGACAAGAAGAAAACGGGGAGCAGGGGGGAAUCGGAAGCGGACGAGCACCUGAGCAGGUUCCAGUUCCCCAGCACACGCGGAUCAUCACAGAGUGCUGUCAUCUUCACGGGUCACCAGACCUCCAGCCGCUCAUCAAGAAAUGAUCAACGUUCACCAUCUCAGACAGAGCUGAUGCCUAAUCAUCCUUCACUCUCUCCUCUACAAAGUGGCCUUUGUAUGCACUCCCAUGUUUCAAAAGCCAGUGGCACUGCCAUUUUAUCUGAUAACAUUCUAAACUCAGGUGAUUUCCUUGAGGACAAAUGUUUGAGUGACGUGCAUGAAAAGCAGAUGGAGUCUGAUUGGGACUUCUCUCAGAGGGCAGGAGAGCAGCAAAGAUGGGAAGAACGAAUCUCACCUCACAUGACCCUGAGGGAAGCUGAAGUGUCCUCUCUAUCUGUGACCGUGAAGAAGCCUGCGGACAUUGUGUCAUUACAGCGGUGUCCGACCCGCAGUCCUUCCCCAGAUACCACCGAUCCAAGAGAUUCCUCACAGUACAUGAACUCUGGAGAUGAGGAUGAGGAAGUGUCUGCAGAGGAUGAAGGUGACUCUGUGCCGAGACGUCAAGAUCUUCCAGAUCACACUAACAGCAGACGUCCCAGCAUUCUCAAUCCAGCUGGUGAAAUUAAACCAGACCUCUCGAUGCAGACGGACAGUGAUGUUUCACCUUCACCGAGUCAAAGUGAGCAUCACACCUGGAGAGGAGAUGAUGUAAUUCAAGAGGAGAGUGUAAUACCUAUUCAAACCAACAGUGGCACACAUGAGCAGGUCAACACACGGCAGCAUGGAAGCCCUGACCCUCUCCAAUCCCCCAACAGGCUCUCCAUGGAAGGAUUUUGUCAUCUUCUGGAAAGCAUUGAGCGCCGUCUCGGAGAGAAAGACGUGAACCUCUACAGAAGCUCAGUCAAUGAGCAGAAACUCAGUGAUAUCAUCAGUAUAUGUGGUCAGUGUGGGCGUCUGGAUGGUGUGGAUCUGCAUGCGUGUGGUGCUGUGGUUCUGCAGCAGCUGCCCCUGCUGUCCUGCAGUCUGUCUCAUGGAUGCCUGUUACCCAGUGAUCUAGUCAACACACACUGGUCAUCAGCUACAAAGCCAGAAGAGAUCAGGUUGUGCCUGUCAGCCGAAAGCGUUCCGCUGUGGGAUUGCUGUUUCAGGCACUUCCUUCAGCUUCGACAACAGAACAUCCUCAGUACUGACCACAUCAUCCAGCUCUUCACUCAACUCCUGGUGACAAACAACGCCACCUACACUGACAAGGCAGGAGAGCUGUUGAAGAGGCUUCUGACCCACGAAUCUGAGACCCAUCAGCCAUCAGAAAGUGAACUCUCAUCUUCUUGCAGCCUGCCCUCCCUUCUGCGUGACAGCGUGGGAGUAAAGCCCGCCGGGCCUUCCGGAAAAAAUCGUCCAACCGUUGGAACACAAGGAAUUCAAAGUGCUGAAGAGGACAGUGCCGACCAAAGCCCAGUGGAAAGUAUUCCUAUUAGAGAGACCAAAGCAUAUCAGCUGCUUAAACAGUCUGUGGCACAAGAGAGGCACUGGAGUGACUCGGAGGAGGAUUCGGAGCCGUCAGACAUCAACAAAUUAAAGAGGUCUGAGGCGCUCCCGGACCCUGUGACACAAAAUAGCCAGAAGAGUGCCAAAAGUAAAGCUUUCUCUGCUGUCCAGUCAAAGGCAUUUUGGGGAGAAUCCGACGACAGCAAUUCUGAGAUCGAAAUGGCCUUGCGUCCUCAGUCCCGCAACACCAGCAGCCAUGACUUUGAUGAUUUUUAUGAUUGAGGUUUCUUUUUUCCAGAGUUCACGCUGUCACAUUUUUUUCCCCCAAUGAGCAGUUAAUAUGUUUGAAAGAGAUGCCUUUACGCGAUCGCAAAACAAACAGAAAUCUUCACCGAGGAAUGAGUGCGACAUUCCGCGAAAACAAAAAAGAGCCAUCCACUUUAUUGUGGCCAAAGACUGUGAAGGGUUUUCAAAACAUGUUGGUGUUAACCCUGCUUGAGUCUCUUUAGCUGAACAACACUUGGACCUGGUUGAAAUAGAUUAAACUUGGUUUUUAAAGUGA